AGUAAGCAAGUGGGCGUUCUCUCUCCAAAGUGCCUCGCGUCGGUGUCUCGUUGAAGCGAGCCAGUAUGGCGUUUGCUGGUCUGCUUUUCCCCAUCCUGGGGUAUUUCUUCAUAGCUCUAUGGGGUCUUCUGGGCCUCCUGAAAGUAGCAGUCACCAUUCUGACACACCCGUUCACGGCUCUGAAGAAAACAACUCGGGAAAUUCCCCCGGCCUGUCUGCUGGACCCUGCUCUGGGCUCCCACGAGUACGUGACAGCCAAUGGACUAAAGUUCCACUGCGUCUGUGCAGGAGACACGUCCAAACCUCUCAUGUUGCUGCUUCACGGCUUCCCCGAGUUCUGGUUUUCGUGGCGUCAUCAGUUGAAGGCCUUCAGUAAAGACUACCAUGUGGUGGCUGUCGAUAUGAGGGGUUAUGGAGACUCUGACAAGCCUGACGGGGUGGCCAGCUACACUCUGGACAAGCUGGGGAAAGACAUUGCUGAUCUAAUCCCAGCUCUCGGCUACUCAGCCUGCGUUCUCGUCGGCCAUGACUGGGGUGGAGCUGUCGCCUGGUGAGGACUUUAGACCAUUCAUUCCAUGCACUCUCUCAGCUAGACGAGAGAUAGCGGUGAUGACUGCAGAGAUAGUGAUUAGAUAGGUGUAGAGACAGCAAAAUAGAGCAGAGAGGGGGGCAAUGUCAGUGACAAUGCAAGAAUGCUGACAAGAGAUGAGAGUUGUUUCUCCCUUCAGGCGAGUUGCUGACACAAACCCUGAACUGAUUGACAAGUUAGUCAUCAUGAACUGCCCCCACCUCUCAAUUAUGGGACAGGAGUUGACCAAUGGCUGGGGCCAACUCCUGAAGUCCUGGUACAUCUUCAUGUUCCAAGUGCCCUGGCUCCCCGAGUUCACUAUCGGACUGCACGACUACCGAAACUUUAACGCUAUCUUCAGAGGAAGGAAAGCCGGAGUCAAGAACAGAGAUCAGUUCCCGGCUGAAGUGGUGGAGGCCUACAAGUACUCUUUCUCCAGGCCAGGAGGGCUCACUGGACCCAUCAACUACAUACGUGCCAUUUACAAAACUCGCUCCUUCCUCUUCCCCAGAACCAGGAAGACAAUCGAUAUCCCAACCCUCCUACUGUGGGGAGAUUGUGACUUGUUUCUCAAGAAGGAGAUGGCAGAUCGUCACAACAGUGUUUGCAGCAACCUCACUGUGAAACAUAUUCCCAACUGCAGUCACUGGGUCCAGCAAGAUGUGCCGGACCUCUGCAACCAGUACAUGACUGACUUUCUCACAGGCUGCAAUUGACAUGAAUGGAGAAGCUGACAAGAAACAGCAAAACAUUUUGUGUGUAUAUAUAAAAAUCCUGGUGAAUUUUACCAAUUACAUCAUUAUGACGCGUAUUUUUGUAAAUUUUAAUGGUCAAAGUGCAUGCAUCCUAAAGAUGUCUCUGAAGAAACUACGUUUGCUGGCUGCUGUGGCCGUUCUGUUUUGCGUGUACGCUGUAGGACAGUUACUGCACGUGCUCUUCGCGCUCCUCAGAAACCCACGCAAAGCGCUGAAAAGGACAGCUAGAGACAUCCCUCCAGCCUGUCUGUUGGACCCUGCUCUGGGCUCCCACGAGUACGUGACGGCCAAUGGACUAAAGUUCCACUGCGUCUGUGCAGGAGACACGUCCAAACCUCUCAUGUUGCUGCUUCACGGCUUCCCCGAGUUCUGGUUUUCGUGGCGUCAUCAGUUGAAGGGCCUUCAGUAAAGACUACCAUGUGGUGGCUGUCGAUAUGAGAGGGUAUGGUGACACGGACCACCCAGUGGGGUCCUCAGAAUACUCCUUCAACCACCUCACUGCAGACAUUGUCGAACUCAUCCCCGCCCUCGGCCACUCCUCUUGCAUCCUCGUCGGCCACGACUGGGGAGGCGUGGUCUCAUGGAGAGUAACUCAGAGGUAUCCGGAGUUGGUUGAUAGACAUAUUGUCCUGAACUGUCCUCAUGGAAGG